AUGCCUGAGCAAACAUCCAUUGACUUUAUUCCGCUUGAAGAUCAACCUUUUGGAGCACAAGUUCGUCUUCCUAGCUACACCAACAACCCUGCCGAGUUGAAUGAUGAGGAUUUCCAGAAGCUUAAGGAAGGUCUGAUGACCUACUCCGUUCUUGUUGUUCCAAAUCAGGAGAAUCUUUCGCCGGACUCGCAACAUUCGCUCACUGUUCGCUUUGAUCCAACCACCAGCACGGGCUAUGGCCACGAUCCAAAGCUGUUCCACUCUUCCAACUCGAUCUUGGCCAAGGACGGCAGAUCUGUUCCCACCAGGCCCGAAGUUCAGAUGGUUGGCAAUGGGUCUUUUGAGGCCGGCCACGAGGGCAUGAAGGCGUUCACUCUGGAACACCCUACCCACUUCACGUUCCACAAGGACGUGCUCAACAAGGAGGAGGUUGCACGUGGACAGACCCGGUUCUACAGAUGGCAUAUCGACGCUGCCCUGUACGCGCUCGCUCCGCCAGUGGUGACGACCUUGUUGGGUCUGAUUGUUCCAAACAAGAACGAGAAGCAGCGGAUUGUCUACGAGGACACCAAGGAGGAGAAAGAGGUGGUCAAGGGAGCCACUGCCUUUGCUUCCGGAAGAAUUGCAUUUGAGCUGCUUUCCGACAAGGACAAGGAGUUUGCCCUGAACCACACCGUUGUCUACGCUCCACAUCCAUACAUUUUCAUUAAUAACUGCAAAGCCACCUCCGACGGACUCACGAUCGAGUCAGAGGAGCCUCCUAAGGAGGUCCCAUUGGACAAUCUUCCUCAAUGGGAGGAGUCCAAGGUCAAGAAGCUUCCAUUGGUUUGGACCAAUCCUGUCACCAAGAAACCUCACUUGCAAGUGCACGGCUGCUGCGUGUACCAGCUGAUCAACACGAAAACCGGCGAGGUUGUUGCCGAGCUCGAGGACGCCAGAAAGAUUGUCCACAAGCUCAUGAGACCGGCCAUCUCGCCACAGCACAUCUACUGCCACGGCUGGAACACCGGCGACCUCUGCAUCUUCCACAACAGGGGCGUGAUCCACUCUGUCACGGGCGAGUUCGAGCCCCACGAACAGAGACUCAUGCACCAGUGUAACGUGGCCAGCGGCGAGGACCCUGUUCUUUUGCAACAUUAA